GUUUUUGUUUUUUUUUUUUUUUUUCUUUACCUUCUUUUCUUCUACCACAUCAGUUUCUUCGAUUUGUUGAUCUGCUUCUCAAAACAUGUUGGUCUCGAUCUUUCUCUUUAAUGGCCACUAAAGAAGAUCCUAGAGACAGAGAGAGAAAGACAAAACGGAGGGAGUGAGGGAGAGAGAGAGAGAGAGAGAGAGAUAAAGGGAGUGAAUUUGGAUUGGAAUUCUGAGAUGAUAACAGAGUGAUUGUGGAAAGAGAAUUUUUCUUUUUGAGGAGGGUUUGUGUUUAUAUGAGUUGUUGUGUGGUGGGGUUUGUGCGGUGGCUUUGAAUUUUUUCCUUUUGGGCUUGGGAUUUUGAUAUGGGUGGGUGCUUUCCUUGUUUUAGAUCAUCGAAGAAGGAGGGUAGCGAUGUAAAGGAAGUGACUAAGGAUUCAGUUAAAGAAGGUUCAGCUACUCAGUCUCACCAUGUCACCAGAGUUAGCUCAGACAAAUCUAAAUCACGAAGUGGUUCUGACUCUAAGAAGGAACCUCCAAUUCCUAAAGAUGGACCAACAGCGCACAUUGCAGCACAAACGUUCACAUUCCGGGAGCUUGCUGCUGCCACAAAGAACUUUAGGCCAGAAAGUUUAUUGGGUGAAGGAGGAUUUGGGCGUGUCUAUAAAGGUCGUUUGGAAAGCACAGGCCAGGUAGUUGCCGUGAAACAACUUGACCGGAAUGGCCUGCAAGGAAAUCGAGAAUUUCUGGUCGAGGUUCUUAUGCUUAGCCUCUUACACCACCCAAACCUUGUCAACUUGAUUGGUUACUGCGCUGAUGGGGAUCAACGCCUUCUUGUUUAUGAAUUUAUGCCUUUGGGCUCAUUGGAGGAUCAUUUGCAUGAUCUUCCACCAGACAGGGAGCCCCUUGACUGGAAUACAAGAAUGAAGAUUGCAGCUGGUGCAGCUAAGGGUUUGGAGUAUCUGCAUGACAAAGCAAACCCUCCUGUCAUAUACAGAGACUUGAAAUCUUCCAAUAUCCUUUUAGAUGAGGGUUAUCAUCCUAAAUUAUCUGAUUUUGGGCUUGCAAAACUCGGUCCUGUGGGUGAUAAGACUCAUGUCUCUACACGAGUGAUGGGAACAUAUGGCUAUUGUGCACCAGAAUACGCAAUGACUGGCCAACUCACCCUAAAGUCUGAUGUCUAUAGUUUUGGAGUGGUCUUUCUUGAGCUUAUUACAGGGCGCAAGGCCAUUGAUAAUAACCGAGCUCCUGGAGAGCAUAACCUUGUUGCAUGGGCACGACCACUCUUCAAGGAUCGAAGAAAAUUUCCGAAAAUGGCUGAUCCACUUUUACAAGGGCGUUACCCGAUGCGAGGUCUUUAUCAAGCUCUUGCUGUUGCAGCCAUGUGUUUACAGGAACAAGCUGCAACAAGACCUCUAAUAGGAGAUGUUGUAACUGCUCUCACAUACUUGGCAUCCCAAACCUAUGACCCAAAUGCAGUCAGCAGUCAUAGUAACAGGGUUGGUCCAUCUACUCCUAGGAAUAGGGAUGACCGUAGAAACAUGGCAGAUGGACUGGAUAGCCCAGACGAGCAUGGACGUGGUGGGCGGCAUGGUUCUCCUGCCACCCAUAGAAACUCACCAGAUUUCAGGAGGAGAGACCCUGCAAGGGAAUUGAGUACUGGUGCAGAGUUGGGUAGGAUUGAAACGGGUGGUGGGUCUGGGAGAAAAUGGGGUGUGGAUGAGUCGGAGCAACAUGAAUCUCAGAGGGACAGUCCCCUAAGCACUGGGAGAGCAAGAGAAACUCCAAGAAAUCGUGAUUUAGAUAGAGAACGUGCAGUGGCAGAGGCAAAAGUAUGGGGCGAGAACUGGAGAGAGAAAAAGCGGGCAAAUGCAAUGGGCAGCUUCGAUGGUACAAAUGAAAAACACAGGUAGAGAAAGGGGAUUCUGGGGGGAUGAGUUGCAUAAUGGGUUCGGGGCAUUUACUGGGAGCCCAGCGCCAGCACCAGCACAGAGAAAUUGUUAUUAGGCAAAAACCAACGUGCUCAUCUGCGUCUCUUUAUGUGUAUUUAGGGGUUUCUGAAUCUGAAGUUGAUAUUACUCACAGGAGACUCAGGACGAUGUGUAAUUUUUGGCCCCCCCAUAUAUAUUAGUCCUUGUUUUUACGUGGGAAAAAACUUAGUGAGUUUGGUUUGGAUAUGUUGUUACAUCUUCUACUCUCUCAUACAAUAUUGUGUACUAUGGAUUUCCCGAGUCGUGUUUUCGGCUCAUAGAACCAAAAAAAAAAAAAAAAAAAAAUGGUUUGAUCAGAAUACUCUCUCUCUAUCUCUCUCUCAACAUCUUGUACUGAUAUAGUUGAUUUUUUAUGAAAAUCUCUUACCAGGAUUCUGUGGUGUAA